GGUCAACUUUCAUGCUACGACAGCACACAUAAUCAACAUGGCGGAGACCGUGCCUGAACAAUCUGUGUUGAACGAUACUGAAAAUGCAACAGCUGGUAAUGGAACCGGCAAAAUUCCAGCAACUCCUGAGGGGAUGGCCAUUGCCUACGGAAGUUUGUUCCUGAUGGCUGUACUGCCCAUAUUUAUUGGAUCAUUCCGUUCCGUCACAUACCAUAAGGAACAGAAGGACUCAGGAGAGAAGCCAGACACAAUGUCCCAUAAGGAUGCGGCGAUGUUCCCUCUCAUUGCAAGCUGUGCUCUAUUUGGGAUCUAUCUUGUUUUUCAGAUAUUUUCUAAAGAACACAUCAACCUCCUGCUUACAGCAUAUUUCUUCUUCCUUGGGGUUUUGGCUCUCACACAUAUUGCUGGUCCCUUCAUCAGCAAGUUGCUGGCUGGUGCUUUCCCAAAUCAAGAUUAUCACUUGUUACUUACUCAGGGGAAAGGAGAAAAAAAAGAAGAUCUAGUCAACUACGAGUUUGACCGCAGAGAUAUGGUGAGCUUACUCGUGUGUGGAGUUAUUGGAGUCUGGUAUCUAUGGAAGAAGCACUGGAUUGCCAACAACCUGUUUGGUCUGGCAUUCUCCAUCAAUGGCGUGGAGCUGCUCUCCCUCAACAGAGUCAGCACUGGCUGCAUUCUACUCGGGGGACUCUUCGUCUACGACAUCUUCUGGGUAUUUGGGACCAAUGUAAUGGUGACAGUCGCUAAGUCAUUCGAAGCUCCCAUCAAAUUGGUGUUCCCCCAGGACCUUCUAGAACAUGGUCUGUCAGCUGACAACUUCGCCAUGCUGGGUCUGGGCGACAUUGUCAUCCCAGGGAUCUUCAUUGCUCUGCUACUCCGAUUUGACCUCAGCUUAAAAAGACAAAGCAAACUGUACUUCUACGCAGGGUUUGUGGCCUACUGUCUGGGUCUGGGCACCACAAUAUUCAUCAUGCACUUCUUCAAACACGCGCAGCCUGCUUUGUUGUACCUAGUACCUGCCUGCCUCGGACUUCCCACGUUUGUAGCGCUAAUCAAAGGAGACAUCAAAGCAAUGUUCAACUAUGAAGACCACGCUGAGGUGUCAGCCAAAGAGGAAUCUCAAAAGGACAAAUGAUGUCCCUGGAUAGCCCAACACUCGGAGCUGCCAUCUACACCUGUUGUUGGAGACAAGCAUGUUGAGACUAUUCUGCUGCUUCUCAGUUUGGUCAAAUUGUCAACAUCAAAAUGUCCCCCUUCUCCCCUAUCCCCCUCCCCUCCCCUUUGCCUGUCCUCCUCGGCUGCCACAACUUUCCUGGCACUUUGCUGACAUAGCUCAAAGCUAGCUGCUGCUGCUGCUGUGUAGAAUUAUAAUUUAUGCCCAAAGAUAUCUUGAAAGUUCUCUAAUUAUCAUUUUUCAUAUAUCCUCAUGAAAGCUGUCAUUAGGAUGAGCAUUGUCUACUUCUGUGAACACGGCUAUGUUCUUUACAGUAUUGUCUGCAAGCAUUAAAUGCCCAAAUUAGAGUUACACCUAUUUAGGGAACGACUAAGGGCUGUCUUUAUUAGCUCAGGUUCACAUUUAGGCUGACCUUGUGCUAAAUUUACCAGGGGUUUGUUGGAGAUUUUUUUUUUUUUUCAUUCGAAUUAGUGCUUAAAUGGGGAAAUAAUAAAACAGUACUGAUAAAUCAAAUCACCGUUUACCUCAUGCUUUUAAACUGUGUAUGCUAGUACUCUCAUUUGUUGUGGUCACACACACACGCACAUACACAAUAUCUUUGUGCAACAUCUUUAUAUUCUGUUUAGAAGUUCUCAGUAGUUUAACUUGUUUCAUUUUCUUCUAUCUGCUCCAGUCCCUCUAUUGUGUGUAUUGUAACCUCUGGUUAGAUGUUGUCUUGAGAAUAUUGCAGAAUGUCAGUGUCUUCAGUUUACAGCAAGAACACCUGUGUUGGACUCGAUUUGAUAGACUUGUUCAUGUUAUUAUUGUUAUUAUUAUUAUUAUUAAUUAAUUAUCAUUAAAGUCAGAUAAACCAUUGGUAUUCCACUUUUUUCUUAUGACAGGGGAAACAGAAUAUAUGGAUGAUGUUGUGCUCUGAUCAUGCAACUGGAAGAAUAAGGUCCUUGUUAUGAAAUCAUUUCCAAGAUCAAUUUGUGGGUCGCAAUAAAAAUCAGGAGCCAGCAUGUGCUAGAUAUAUAGAAUAAUUAUAUAAAUACGGUGGGCAAACUUCUGUGCCUUGUUUUAUCAUUUUAACUGAAGGUUUUUUUUUUUUCUUUGGCCUGUUGAAAAAUUUUCAAGAGUCCAGUUACACGAUUAGAAUGUUUCACCAUGGGACAUGCCAUUUGUAUUUCACUUUCCUGGGAUGUAUCACUUUUCUCAUGACGAGGAAAGCAUAAGCUACUGUACGGGAUGGAAAUGGAGCUAAGUCUUCUGGUAGCACUUUCAUGAAUCAUUUCCAUACGUAUUGUUUCCACAGCACCCUGUUUGUGGUGUUUUCUUUUUAAUCUUUUGUUGAAUACUAAUGUUGUUUUAACAUUUAUAAAUUUUUGUGCACACAGAGAUGUAUUAUGUUCCUGUUGUCUUACUGAAACAGCUUUUGUAUUUUUUUCUUUCUGUAUUUUUAAAGAUUAUUGAGCUGAUCGAGUGUGCAUAGUUUUCUUAUUUUCUUGAGUGAUGAACUAUAUGCUUUAUAAGUUUCUGUUUAGUUGACUGCUUAUGACUUUUUGCCAUUUUUUCCAGAAAAUAUUCUGUAAGAUAGUCAUCAUUUCGGUUUUUAGAAACGAUCAUUAUGUAUCACGUUUCAUCCAUGAAGGUUGGAAUGGAGAUCUGCCUUGUGCGUCAACUGAAUACAGGGCAAAGUUUUUAAUGUUUUCUGUGUCGAUCAUGGUCUUCAGACUUUCCAACUGAAUGUAGGCUGUGAUCUUUUAGUCUUAUUCGUUUUGGUGUAGACUUAUUCCACGCGGAACGAAUUCCUUUGUCAUUAUUUCACUUGUGAACCAAUGGUUUUCUUCUCUUUCUGUUUGUUGCUUGAGAAGCAAGAAUGGUUUUGUGUCAAUUGUUUCUGAAAUGUCCCAAAUUCUUAGUGUACUAUUUAUCUGGCGCUGUAUUUCAGCCUAUUACAUUUUCUGUUUCAGUCUGUUCUUAUGAGUUCCGGGAUGGUUUUCCUUACUUUGUUCUGUUGCGAAGGGUCUCUUUGUAAAAUUCUGUUUGUUUUGAAAAGAAAGUACCUGAAGACUGCAAGGGAAAAAAACAGCUGUCAUAUUUUGGUGAUUUUUGAGAAACGUAAGUUUUAAAUUUUGGAACCUCGUAUCUUACAAAGGAUUGACUUUUCUGCACUAUACUUUUCCACUGACAGUGAAUGUUUUCUCCCUUUCAGAUGUCGUUUUAAAUUGAGGUAUCAUGAAUUCACCCUCUGGGCACAACUCAAAAUAAUAACCAACAUCUUUGAUUGUCACAAUUAGGCGCCUGACCGUCACAUGUAGGAGUUUGAUUCCCCAGUGGGGAGAAUUAUUUAUCGAGCAUCUUGGUCUUACUGCUGUGAUCUUGUUUCCCUCUCAGCCUGGGUUGGCCAUGACAGGUAGGGUCAGAUCCUGCCUUCUAAAUUAUUUAAACUGUGUCGAUUGGGGCAUAAAAUAAAAAAAUAGACUAAAUUUGAUUUUUUUGUCAAAAUGGUAAAAAAAAAAUAUGACUCUGCCCUUCUUCUUUUUGAAGUUCUUAUGCAGUUGCGAGCACAGUAAAACUCUUACGAAGCUAAACUUUUUGUGAAGUCUUUACAUUUUUCUUGUGCUGAGGAUACUGGAUGCAUGGUUCACCAUUUUGUCUUUAAUUUUUACAGUCAUAGUUCUGUAUCUUAUAUUUCAUCUUUGCUCAUUGUUUCUAAGGGUAGUGGGAUGUACAUUUUGCAUUAUUUGUGGUGGGUCAUUCGUUAUUGUUUUGUUUGUUUUAUUUUAUUUUUUUCAAUUGUAUGACAUUUGAACUUUGUUACAUAUGAUGUUUUAAAGGAAAGAAAUUCAGAGCGGACUCGGCGUUUGUACCUCUUUUCUUGUCAGAGGGGAAGGGGAUGAGGGGCUGUGACUUGGAGGAUCUAACAAACAUGACAAGUGAUACCAGAGCAAACAUUUUUGUCAGUACGUAGAUAAGAUCAGCAGUUAAGUAUUGUUUGGGGCGUAAAACAUUACUACUAUAAUCUGAUAACAAUGAACUACUCUUCUGCUUCUGUCUCCCUUUGUUUUGCAUCGGCCUUCUUUCAGACAUAGAUCGGGAAAUAUCACUACAUUUAAUACGUACAUGCGCAAAUCCAUGACCCUUCUCUCUAGUCUUAGUUGUUCACACACAUGCACCGACAAGAAUUAAGAAUCCCAUGAUUGUGACUUUCUCUGUUCCGCCAGUGAUUGGUUGACGGUGCUAGUGCUAGUAGUACACUCAAUGCAGGUGGUCAGAGGCUGUCACUGAUUGGUCCUACCUUUUUCUCCUUCUCAGUUGUUUCCGUCUAUCUGUUUUACUUUUUCCGUGCACUAAAUUACCAUUCUUGUGUGUCGAUAUUCUUCUCUUUCCUAUUCCACAGGUAGGUUUAAGUCUUCUCCCAUCUCUCUUUCUGGUCUGGUUCUGUCUAUCUCAAGUAUCUCUGUCUUGCUUCUCCUCCCCUCUUUUUUAAAUUUUAUCUUUCUCUACUUCAAAUACAUAAAAGUAUGAAAUUAAGUAUCAUGUAUGUGUACAAUGUACUUCUUUGUGUAAUGUAAAAUACGCCAAAACUUUUGACAAAAAAGCGCAACAGAAGAUAAGACUGAUUGAGGCUUUUUAAAUUUAGAUUUGACAUUCAUACUCGUUGAAGUUGACUUCAAUUUUUCUUGACCAUUUUGAAUACAUGUAGUUCUGAAGAGGUUUGUGGUUACGCCCUUUUCUAGUCUUACCACGUCUCCUCAUCUCUAUUUGUGUGUCCAUGUCUCAUUCACAAUCGUGAUGGAAAAUCGGUUAAAAGUAAAGUUUAGCCCCCGUUCCCCUACAUCUUCACACAUAAAGACAACCACAGCACACUGUUUCCUUUUCCUAGGAAGCAUAACCGUAACCCGAAAUGUUGCGCACUAGUUUCUAAUUACUCUAACAAUUCAAAAUUUGGGGAGGGGCUAUACUUUACUUUAACUGUGAAAAUCUACCCAUAUAUUUAUUGUGAUCUGGUAAAAGUAUUUAUGUCAACUUCCACAAAAGCUCUUGGCUCUUCCUAUUUCUCCCCCUUGUCCAGCCGUUGUUAAUUCAGUCGUUUCUGCUGCGUUGUUUUGCGCCAGCUUUUUUUUUUCCAUUUGUUGUUGGGUAACGUUUUGCUGAGAGGUUGAUGACAUGCUGAUGUAGAGAGCCGUCUGCUCACUCGUCUGUUUGUGGCCUGUUGUGCUUUGGUCGUUCAUUAGGAAAGAAAAAAAAUGUGUUGCUGGACCAUUUGAUGAAUUCAAUGAUAAAUAAAGCAUUCGCAAGUCCAA